AUGCGACCAGAGGAGCAAGCGCAGGUGGUGUUCUACCGCAGCAUGCUGGUGAUCACGGCAUUCUCCUGGUUCGGCUGCUACACCUUGGACUUCUUCAUGACCUCGGGCAUCGAUAUCAUCGAUCCGGGCAUGCAGAAGUCGGCCCUCGAGGUCGCGGACCUCUGCGCCGGGAUGGCGGCCCUCGCCGCGCCCACCGGCUCGCUGCUGCUGCUGGGCGCCGUGCUGAAGGCCCUCGGCGUCGCCGCGGUGGCUGCUGUGGCGCUGGGCGCCACCGGCGCUGCCAAGCUCGGCUCCCUGGCCGGGCCCGCGUGCUGCAUUCUGAUCUGCGCAAGGGAGACCGAUCUACUGGUUCGGCCUCACCUUCAAGACGGACGCCGCCGCGGCCCUGGCACUGUUCGCCUGCGUCAUCUGCCUCCGGGGUAG